AUGCUUCUGGAUGCGGGGCCGCAGUUCCCGGCGCUGGGCGUGGGCUCGUUCGCCCGGCAUCCUCCUCCUCCGUCCGCGGCCGAGAUGCAGGAGCGCGAGCUGAGCCUGCAGAACAGCUUCGUGGACUCGGCGGCGGCGGCGGCGGCGGCGCACCUGGGCGCCUUCAAGCUCAACGCGGCGGCGGCGGCGGCAGCGGCGCACGAGCUGUCUCCGGGCCAGGGCUCGGCCUUCAGCUCGCAGGCGCCCGCUUACCCGCACGCGGCGCAUGUGGGAUCUUACUCCGCGCCGCCCUUCAACUCCCCCAGGGACUUCUUGUUUCGGAGCCGGGGCUUCGGCGACGCGGCGGCGGCGGCUGGCGGCGGCCAGCACGGGCUCUUCGGGGCUGCGGCCGCAGCGGCGGCGGCCACGGGCAGCCUGCACCACCCGCACGCCGAGGCGCAGAGCCACCUGCUGUUCCCGGGCAUCGGCGAGCAGCACGGCGCGCCGGGCUCCCCCAACGUGCUCAACGGGCAGAUGCGUCUGGGCUUGCCCGGAGAAGUCUUCGGCCGCUCGGACCAGUACCGCCAGGUGUCCAGCCCGCGCGCGGACCCUUACUCGGCGGCGCAGCUGCACGGCCAGUACGGGCCCAUGAACAUGAACAUGGGCAUGAACAUGGCGGCACACCACGCGCACCACCCGCACCAUGCCCACCCGCACCAUGCCCACCCGCACCACCAUCACCACCACCACCACCCGGGGGCCUUCUUCCGCUACAUGCGCCAGCAGUGCAUCAAGCAGGAGCUCAUCUGCAAGUGGAUCGACCCCGAGCAGCUGAGCAGCCCCAAGAAGAGCUGCAACAAAACUUUCAGCACCAUGCACGAGUUGGUCACUCACGUCUCCGUGGAGCACGUCGGCGGGCCCGAGCAGAGCAAUCACAUCUGCUUCUGGGAGGAGUGUCCCCGCGAAGGGAAGCCCUUCAAGGCCAAGUACAAGCUGGUCAACCACAUCCGCGUGCACACUGGGGAGAAGCCGUUCCCGUGCCCCUUCCCCGGCUGCGGAAAGGUCUUCGCGCGGUCCGAGAACCUCAAGAUCCACAAAAGGACGCACACAGGCGAGAAGCCGUUCCAGUGCGAAUUUGAGGGUUGCGACCGACGCUUCGCCAACAGCAGCGACCGAAAGAAGCACAUGCACGUCCACACUUCGGACAAGCCCUAUCUCUGCAAGAUGUGCGACAAAUCCUACACCCACCCCAGCUCCCUGCGGAAACACAUGAAGGUCCACGAAUCCUCCCCGCAAGGUUCCGAGUCGUCGCCCGCUGCCAGCUCUGGCUACGAGUCGUCCACUCCGCCGGGCUUGGUGUCCCCUAGCGCAGAGACCCAAAGCACAGCCGCCAGUAACCUGUCCUCUGCAGCGGCCGCCGCCGCGGCGGCAGCCGCAGUGUCGGCGGUACACCGGAGCAGCAACGGCGGAGCGGGAGGAGGCGGGAGCUCGGGCGGCGGCGGCGGGGGCAGCGGCGGCGGGGGAGCAGGCAGCGGUGGGGCCAGCGCCAGCCACGGCGGCCUCACGUCCAACUUCAACGAGUGGUACGUCUGA